CUGCUUUCCACCCACAAACCCCUCUACGCUCGUCCUCCAAGUGCCAAUGAUGACAAAGAGCCGAAGCUGCAAGAUGGUUGCUCAAGCCACAUCGCUGGUCUGAGACCACCGAUGGUAAAAUUGCCUCCACGUAGGGUAGAAAAAGCGAGCACUUUAAGCCACAAAGGCGCGCUUUGUGUUCGCUACAGAUUUCAUUUGUGUUAUUUCUUACCUCGCGCCCCUCCACCCCCAUCUCGCGCUCCGUUUGAUGCUUAUCAUAUGAUGCUAAUUUCUGCCAGUUAAGGGUGUUCUCAUCUCCCAGUCUUUCUCUGUUCUUUGUGCUAUUUUGAAAUUAUUGACGCCCGAAACGAAGGUGUGGCAGAUCCGGAGAGAUUCGGGACCGCAGCGGGCUGUAGCCCUACCUGCUUAGGACCUUUCGGUUAGGACAAUUCAACCGGACCACCGGCGGAGAUCCGGUAUGAUCAGCAGCAAUCUGAAAGCAUCGACGCCCGGAAGCGUGCAUGCUUCUUAAUGUUUUAAAACCGAAACCGUGAAGGAAGAACGAAGAGCGCGCUGGACCACACAGGGGACUCCGCUUUCUCCCGACGCCUCGCGGGGCCCAAGCCGUGCCUCAAGCGCGAGAGCAUGUGUCGGUGCGACGGGAGGUGCACGCUGGCGGUCAUCUGCUGCCUGCAGCUGGUUGCUGCAUUACAGAGGCAGGUGUUUGACUUUCUGGGAUAUCAGUGGGCUCCCAUCCUUGCCAAUUUCCUCCAUAUCAUGGCUGUCAUUUUGGGAGUGUUUGGAACUGUGCAAGUCCGCUCACGAUAUCUUAUACUGUAUGCUGUGUGGCUUGUUAUCUGGGUUGGCUGGAACUCUUUCAUCAUCUGUUUUUAUCUGGAAGUUGGCCACCUGUCACAGGAUCGGGAUUUCUUGAUGACAUUUAACACUUCACUUCAUCGUUCCUGGUGGAUGGAGAAUGGGCCUGGUUGCUUAGUUACAACAGUGCCUGACUCACCAUUGGCUCCUCAGGAUCAUCAUGUGAUCACUGUCAGUGGCUGCCUGCUGGACUACCAAUACAUAGAGGUGGUCAGCUCAGCCUUGCAAGUGUUCCUUGCACUCUUUGGAUUUGUCUAUGCCUGCUAUGUUAGUAAAGUCUUCCUGGAUGAUGAGGACAGCUUUGAUUUCAUUGGUGGAUUUGACACUUAUGGUUACCAGCCUCCACAAAAGAGUUCUCAUUUACAGCUGCAGCCUCUUUAUACGGCUGGAUAGAAACCGAAAGAAACGACUGCCUCAGAUGAAGUCCUAGGGACAUGUUCUACCAGCUUCAACAUCUGUCUCUCAAACUUUGUCUCCCUCUAUUGGAGAAAAUAUAUGGUGCACCACCGGCCUGCGUGUGUGACAGAAUGAGAGUUAGAGAGAGAAUAAGCAUAUGGACACAACCACAGAAUGCUUAAGCCUUAUUGAGACAAGCAUUACUAAACAGGACUUGAAGAUGGGAACAGAUCUUCUGUAUGUGUUAAAGUGUGCGCACCAGCACAUAUGCCUUUGUAUAUGUUUGUGUAUUCACAAGUCGGCCCACCUUUGACCCAGGUAAUCUUUGAACACAUCCCAGAGCUGCUCAAUCAGCUCUUUUUGGUGUGUGCGUGUGGAGGAGAGAGAUUGUUUAUACUCUGAAAUAAGACGCUAUAAUGUAAUGUGUUAGAUGAAUGUUUUAGGUUGGGUAGAUGUAUAUUUGAGGAAUGCAGUAGGACUUUGUGCAUGUAAAAAUCAUGAUAGAGGAAUCAUGCCUCUGGGUGGCCCUCAUAUGUCAGCGUGCAUGAGUGUGUGUCUCUGAUUGUGUUGAUGUACACAACAGGUUUUGAUAUGUACUUAUGCACCUAAAGCGUAAUGUGACUAGCCAUAAAUGUUUAUUUGGAAACAACUUUAGAAUGAAUGUAUGUUAAUGUACAAAACUUGUUUCUGGAAGGACGUGUGAGAAAAAGAGAGUGAGUGGGUGAGUGAUGGGUGUGCCUGAAGGGUGAGGACAGUUGUUCAGCAUAAUAAACAUUUUCUAGAUUA